AUCCUUCUGUAGCUCUCUCAAAUUUCUCAGUUAUCGCCAUGGCUUCUUACUCUUUCCACUUGCUCAUGCUUUGCUCUAUCCUAUCAGUCACAUUCCCCAUCACUUCCCAAGCCUCUUUCAGGCCCAAAGCCCUCGUCCUCCCGGUCACCAAGGACUCCUCGACUCUCCAGUACCUCGCCGCCCUCCACCAGAGAACCCCCCUAGUCCCGGUCAAAUUGACCCUCGACCUUGGCGGCGAGUUCCUUUGGGUCGAGUGCGACCGAGGCUUCUCAUCGGCCACCUACAGCCCCGUCCACUGCCGCUCGGCCUCGUGCUCGCAAGCCCCCGGGGCGCCCCACAAGUAUUGCAGCUCCUGCCGCUCCAGGGCCGGGCCCCUGUGCAACAACAACACGUGCACGGUCCACGUGGAUAACACCAUCAUCGGCACUAUCACCGGCGCCGAGCUGGCCCGGGACGUGUUGUCGGUCCAGUCCACCGACGGGUUGGGGCCGGGCCGGGCCGUCUCGGUGCCCGGGUUCCUCUUCUCCUGCAGCAGGAGUUUCCACCUGGAGGGCCUGGCUAGUGGGGUCCUGGGGAUGGCGGGGCUAGGGAGGACCAGGACUUCACUCCCCUCCCAAUUCUCAGCCUCCUUCAGCUUUGCUAGGAAGUUUGCCAUUUGCUUGAGCCCAUCCUCAAGCUCCAGUGGAGUGGCCUUCUUUGGUGAUGGCCCCUACAUGAUGCUCCCUGGGAUCGAUGUCUCCAAGUCCCUCUACUUCACUCCCCUCAUCACUACCCCUGCGAGCGAUGUGCCAGGUCACGUUGGCAAUCCCUCAUCGGAAUACUACAUUGAACUCAAGUCCAUCAAAGUGAACCAGAACCCGGUCCCGUUGAACUUGUCCCUCCUGGUCAUCAACAAACAAGGCUAUGGAGGAACCAAAAUCAGCACCGUGGACCCGUACACCGUGUUGGAGACCUCGAUCUACAGGGCCGUGGUCGGGGCUUUCGCCAAGGAACUUUCGACAGUCCCGAGAGUGGCGCCAAUUAAGCCUUUCGAGGCAUGUUUUGACUCGAGGAACAUCUCAAGCACAAGGACCGGGCCGGCCGUGCCGACGAUCAAUUUGGUGUUCCCAAGUAGGGAUAGGAAGAGGAUUUGGCAUUGGGGGAUAUUUGGGGCUAAUUCGAUGGUGCAAGUGAAGGAGGGUGUGCUGUGCUUGGGCUUUGUGGAUGGUGGGUUGAAUCCAUUGACUCCAGUAGUGAUUGGAGGGCAUCAAUUGGAGGACCAUUUGCUGCAAUUUGAUCUGGCCUCGUCGGCCUUUGGGUUCAGCUCUUCUCUGCAUUUCAGGCAGACGACCUGCUCAAACUUCAACUUCACUACCAAAGCUUAGUGGGAAUGGUCCCACCGUGAGUUACUACUCUUUAAUAAAUGGCCAGACAUUGUUGUGGCGUGAAUCGGGUGACCCGCUUGUCAAAGAUAAAAUUUGCGUUUUGGCCUGUUUUGAUACUUGUAACUUGUCUAAUCAUUUUCAUCUCUAGAGAUGUGUAAUAAAUGUUUACUGGUUGAUAAGAUAUUCUAGUAUAUGUUGUCUCUUA